AUGCCCAUAAUUUAUGCCUCAGUCGCGCGUGGGGAUGGAACGCUGCUGGCGGAGUGGUCCGAUGUAAAGGGAAAUACCGCACAAGUGGCGGCAGACUGCAUGCAGCAUGUGAUCGCGGCCCCUGACCCGCGCAUGACCAUCACAUGCGACAAGCACACCUUCAACUUCCUGAAGGCGAAUGACUGGAUCUACCUGGCGGUCGCCAACGAGGACUUCGGGCGGCAGGUCCCUUUUGCCCUGAUCCAGCGGGUGGCGCAGGAAUGGGAGGGCGGCUUCUCGGCCAAGGCCCAGCGCGGGGCGGCGCACAGCUUUGACCGGUCUUUUGGGCCGAAGAUACGCGAUGCCAUGGACCAGCUCAAUGCGAACCCUGAGUCAGUGAGCAAGGUGGCGGCCGUGCAGAAGCAGGUGGACGACGUGAAGCGGCUGAGCCGCGGGAUGUAG